GGUCAGCCUCAGUGCGCAGGACAAGCAUGGAUGAAAACGUGGGUAGUAGUCAUUUGGACUCAGAAACCACAAUUGCUGCUGGCAAGCUCUAAACUGCGGGCAGAAAAACCGAGGUAUGUUUGGUCAGGUGAGUUUCGUUUAAAUGUUUGACAGAGAAGGCCUCAGUACAUGGCAAACUUUAAGAGGAAGUCAAACUUUCAAUACAUUUAACCCACACAGUCCAUAGGUAAGCUAGGUUAAUGUGGGUAACGUUAGCAAAAACAUUUUAACUUCCACUUGACAUAAACUUUUAAGUCACGUUACAACUAGUGACAAGAGACUUAGUGUCUGCGAAUAUGAUUAUAUCCCCAAGAAAAACCGUGACGAACCAUGUGCUUCUGGGAAAGUACUUAGCUAACGUUAGCCCAAAAUUACCCAAAAAGUCGGAGCUUUAGCCAGUUAGCAAACAACUCUUUAGCUCCAGCGUGGGCUUUACACAUUCACUGAUGAUAUCAUUGUGAUUUAACUUAUCAACCAUGUGGCGUUUGUCUAAAAUAACAACUUUUAACGGAAUAUAGUGAUUUCAGUGUGUCGUUAAGACGCACACCCUCUCUGGAAUAUCAAAGCAGGAACUUUUUUUUAAUCGAUGACUCCGCCUAAUUUUAUAGGACAAGCGAAAUACUUCCCACACUACGAUUAGUGAAAUGGCAUUUGAAUGACAUUCAGUUAAGCCAAUUAGUUUUAAGAAGCUGUGAAUGAGGGCGUUUCAGUUCGAAUUUCUAACCAAUAAAAUUGAGAUUUUGUAACGAAGCUGGCCAAUGGCUUCGCUUACCACGAGGCAUAUCCAAUCAGAGUGAGGGUUAGGGUCUUUUAAAGAUAGUUUCAGGAAGUGCCGUUAAAUACCAGGAAGUUGUAAACAAAGCUGACAGCUAUUUAGUUAGCUGUUAACAACGUCUGGAUGGAUGCAGAGCCGGCGGUGUAAAACAGGCUAGUGUAACGCCGACUUUGUGUAUUCAUCAAUAAUAUAGCCAGCCAGCUCUUUCUGAAAGAGUUCGCUUUGCGGAUUUGUACAUUCUUCCGUGUUACACAAGCUAACGUUAGCUGCCUUCCGUUCAAUCGUCAGGAAAGAGGCUAACGUUUGCACAAGGACGUUGGAGCUCUCUAUACCUCUCUGAGUUCAUCUAAAUCAAUUUUUAUUUGACUGAAUUGCACGGAUAGUUACGACCAACCGGAUCCGGCUCUUGUUUUCUGCUGCAUUUGGUGUCUGGAAGCAGAAAGAGCGAGAGAGUUCGUCCAUUUUAGCAAAACAACAAUGUCUACAUCCAACGCUAAUUUUAAGAACAAGUGUGUGACCCAGGUGAACUGUAUAUUUUGUGAGAGUCUGCUGUGCACAAGAGGCAUGAAGGCAGUGCUUCUUGCAGACACUGAGGUUGAGCUUUUUUCCACCGAUAUUCCUCCGAAUAGGACUGUUGACUUUGUGGCCAGCUGCUACUCUACUGAAAGCUGUAAAUGCAAACUGAGAGACAUUGCAUGUCUCAAAUGUGGCAAUGUUGUGGGCUAUCAUGUUGUAGCCCCCUGUAAACCCUGCCUGCUCUCCUGUAACAACGGCCAUUUCUGGAUGUUCAAUAGUGAUGCUGUAUCUACUCUGAACAGACUGGAUGCGACAGGUCUGAAUCUGCUCCUGUGGGGAGACCUUCCUGAGCUAGACGACAGUGAGAAUGAAGAAUCAGAAAGCCCAUCAGAGGAGGAGUGUAUUAGGUAGAAAGGGAAACGGACAUUGUGAGAGACCUGGAGCACCAAUAUUUGAGAGCUGGAGCUAAAACAGUGUACAAACCAUGCCGGGAUGAGAGAGAAAAGACGAGCCUUAAAGGGUAAUUGAACACUGAAUCACAAAAGGCAGAUAACUUCUGCUGUAUUACUCUAUGUGGGCUAAAACAGUAGUGCACGUCUGGCUACACCCAAGUGAUGUCACAGGAGAUGUUUGCCUUUGACACCAAAUGGAAAAUAUCAGGUGCAAUAUUCUUGCUUGAGUUGUGGCUGUAAGCACAAUGUGCUCUAAAGUUUGAACCUGCAGAGAAGAGCACAGGACAAGUUUUUGGUCUUUAUAGUUGAGUGUUGAAUUACCCUUUAAACCAUGACCAUGCCUUUCCCAAUCACUUUUCACUGUUAAAAGCACAGACACACACAUAUAUUCUUUUCACUGUUUGUAUAUUUGCGUGAGCUAUUAUAAACAUGUAGCUGGAGUAAACUGAAACUAACAGACAAGUAGACUCGUUAAUCCAGUGUGUUCUACUUAUCUGGACUCAUAGUUUUGAUCAGCCUCAUAAGAAGUUGAGAGUGUGGUAUGAGUCAGUGGAACUUACCAGUGAAUGCUGUGCUUUUUCAUGCUGUUUACGCUUUCUCAGAAGAUGGCUCCGGUUUGCCUAUUUUCUUUAAAAUGGCAGUUAUAAUCUGCAUAUUGGUUAUGCUGUAAUAAGAAAAGCUCCCAUUAACAGUCAUGUCUUAAAGGCUUGUAUUCUCACUGUGUGGCUGGGUGUUGACUGAAGCUUUGAGUGCUUUUUAAACCCCUCGUAUUGGACAAAUAGCACAAUUACUGAAUUUUAUUUAUAUAUAUAUAUAUAUAUAUAUAUAUAUAUAUUCCUUGCUUUUAAAGGGUGUAUUUAAUUUAAGUUACCUUAUGAUCUGAUAUUCUAUCAGUGAUUAGACUUUGAUAUGCUAAUACAGUGUUUGCUACACCUCUGACAGCAGCAGUAUGUGUUUGACACCCAGAUGAAUCCAACUGUAGCAGUAUACCGUACUAACAUACUAAUCUGUGAAUAGGGUGUGCUUCCACAAAAGCGUAGAGCAGCUGAGUUUAAAAUUAAGUGUUUUUUCAAAGUUUAAGUCAUAUAUAAAAAAAAGAAUAAAUAUGUCUUGCAUCAGUGAUACAUGAAAGCUGUAAAAAUUAACUAAGGUCUCCAAUUGUGACAGCCCACCUUUUAAUCUGGUAUCCAUGCUCUGUUUUUGUUACACCGCCAUUCAGUUUUAUGUAGCAAAAUACCUGUAGCAUCUGAAGAGAAGGAAAAAGUGAACUCCAAAGAAUCACGUAACAUAUCAGUAUUUAACUUACAGACUGGCUACCCAUCUAAAAAUACAGUUCAGUUCUGUCAUUUUGGGAUAGUUUAUUGUAGAUUAUUUCAUUUUUUUGAGCAAUCUGUUGUGAUGUUAAAGUUAACCUUAUAACAGUGCAGCUGACUAUAAAAUUUGCAACGUUUUAGUAUUUUAGCCUGACAGAUAUAUUGUGUUUGCUGACAAUGAACCACUGUUGCGCUGUAGACUCUGGGUUGAUGCUGUGUGUUAGCUGGCCAUCACUAUCAGACCAGGCCUUCUUCUCAGCAAGCUUCAAAAUCCUCCAGUCACAAGGGACUUCACCCAAAGCAGUCCGUUUUUUGGCAGUGCCAUCUAUGUUGUUGUUUUACUGCUGUGCCCUGCUAAUACUAUGAUCCCGUCUUAAAGUAUCGGUCGUUCUGUGAGUGAAUGACAUUUGCCUGUGCUGUUGGCAAACAUUGCUGAAGAGGCAAACAUUGAAUGUCACACUUCUUACCUGAAGGAAAAGGAUAAAGGAAGAAGCUUUUUUUCAUGUUACUUGCCCUCUGUUUAUCUAUGCUAAAGCCUUUAGUUGUGGGAAAAAACACUCAUAGAACAGGAGAACUUGGUCCAGAUUUUCCACUUCCGUCAACUUUAAAGUUAUAACUGACAGUGUGUUACACUUUCACACCAAAUACUGUCUGUGUGGUAAAUUGAUAACAUACAGUGCAUUUGAUAGAUAUUUAUUAAAUCCACAAACCAAAUAUCUAUAACCACAUACUUCCUUUUUGUUUACAGACUUUGUUUACAAAUGCUUUGGUUUGUAUUGUGCUAUAGUACUUAUGUUUUUGUUCAUGUAUUUAAUAUUUCAUUGUGUAGUGCUUUGUUUUCUGUUAAAGUUUGGAUGUGUACAGUUUUACCUCAACAAGGUAUCACUUGUGAGCUUCCUCUGGCUAGGACAAUUGUUAAAUGAUAAUCAAAAGAGCUAUUUAAAUGGCUGUUUCUGACGUGAAUAACUUUGAUUAACAUGCCCUGCUGAAAAUGUAUAUUUUGGAAUUGCACUGAAACUGCAUUGGUAGUUUGAAAAAAGAGGAUUUGUUGUUUUGUAUGCUUGUUAAAUUAAUAAACUUUCUUUUUUUUUUCAAAA